AUGGCGGCCGUUCGCAGUUUGCGGGUGUCUGUGAAACCUGAAAGCGCCUCUGACCGCUCGGACUCGGAUUCCGACUCGGACUCCGAUCGAAAUGCCCGGGAAGCGGAGCCGAUGGAGGUGGAGGAGGGAGAGCUGGAGUUUGAGUCUAUUCCCGUCCGCCGAAGUUUGAAAGAACUGCUGCCGGACACAAGCCGACGAUAUGAAAACAAAGCGGGCGCCUUUAUUACUGGUAUUGAUGUAACGUCUAAGGAGGCGAUUGAGAAAAAGGAGAAGAGAGCAAAACGAUUUCAUUUCCGUGCAGAGGACAAUCUUACUCAGAGAAAUGUGGUUCUGGACAGAGAGGUGAUGAAAAAAGCUAUUCCAAAGAUUCGGCUGGAGGCCUUGCACCUUACUGGUGUAGAUGACAUGAGCACCCAAGAUGUGUUUGGUUACUUUAAGGAGUAUCCUCCAGCUCACAUUGAGUGGAUUGAUGACACAUCUUGUAAUGUAGUUUGGUUGGAUGACAUGACUUCAACACGUGCUCUUAUUAACAUGAGCCAAAUGCCUGACAAAGAAGUCUCCAAUACUGAUGGCCCAAAGACCAGUGACCUUCCUAUCCAGAAUCAGAGAGCUGCUCGAACUCAUGGCUCUGAUGAUGAUGAAGAGGAAGGUGAGGUUGAUGAUGAUGUGUUGGAAAAAGCAGAUAAAAGCAGCGAUGACAGUGAGGGAAAAGCCAGUGAAAGUGAGGAGGAGACAGAGAAAAAAACAGUGCAGGAAAGCUCUGAGACAGACCUGUUCACUCAGGCAGAGCGAGAUUCACUGCUCCGAAAUGACUUACGGCCCAUGACCAAACCCUUUAAAGGCAACAAGCUGUUUCUGCGCUUUGCGACACAGGAUGACAAAAAGGAGUUGGGUGCAGCAAGACGGAGUCGGUACUACAUGAAAUAUGGCAAUCCUAACUACGGAGGCAUGAAAGGCAUCCUCAGUAAUUCUUGGAAACGUAGGUUUCAUACUCGAAGAAUCCAGCGUGAUGUUCUAAAGACCAAAAAGACAUUAAUUGGAGACAGUAUGGGACACACACCACCCUACACACACAGACAUUCAGCUGAUCUGGUGAAUCUGCCAGAAGAGCCAAUAGAAGAAGAAGAAGAAGAAGAAGAGGAAGAGGAUAGAGAGGAAGACAUGGAUGCUGAUGACCGAGUCGUUGAGUACAGAGAUCGGGGAGACAGAGAGCGCAGGUCACGAAUUGGGGAAGGGGGACUGCGCAGUCGUUUAGGAGGCUCCUCAUCAGCAUCUUCAGAUUCAGAUGAAAUGGACUAUGAUUUGGAGCUGAAGAUGAUCUCGAUGCCUUCACCUAAAAAAAGCAUGAAGAUGACCAUGUAUGCUGAUGAGGUUGAGAGCAACCUCAGAAGCCUCCGAAAUUCCAUUCGGAGUGAUUCAGGCUCAUCCAGUAGCAGUGUAAGGAGUCGCAUUGGUAGUGGUGCGGCUAAAUCUACCUCAGAGAAGGUUACGGAUGUCAGGCAGUUACUGGAGGAGAAAAGGCAGGGAACCUCUCAUCAGAGAACACCCCCUCUUGUGGCCUCCAGUGGAAAGACAGAUGUGAGACAAAGGUUGGGGAAGAGACCACAUUCUCCUGACAGACAGCGCUCUGUCUCUCCUGUCCCCCAGAGAAACACAGCCCCUCGUAGAGAACCUCUGACAGAUGUUCACAGCAGACUCGGGGUGACUAAACAAGAAACACGAGGCCUCUACUCAGAAUCAUCCAAAGACAAAAAGUCAGGUGGUCUGUGGAGCCGAUUGGGACCAUCUAAAGAUGGUGAAGGCGAUCGUAAGCUUUCUGGCCGGUUAGGGAGCAGUGCUUCCCUCUCGCGGGGAACCCGGCAGCGGGAUGAAGUGGAUUCUGAUGGAGUCGAUGAUUGUGAUGAUGAAGAUGAUGAUUCUCAGCUACAGAAGAUGUGGGGGGCCAUGAUCAAGCAGAAGGAGCAGCAGUCCAGCAAAAUGAAGAAAAGUCGACUUGAUAACCUCCCCUCACUGCAGAUCGAGAUCAGCCGAGACAGCAGCAACGGCUCCGACAGUGACUCCUGAGAAAGAACGAAGGACUGAAACUAGAGUUGGUGGAAGAGGACGAAAAGAGAGCAGAGAACAUCUGUUGCUGACAAAACCCUCACAAGUAUAGAUAUCUUCACUCUCCAGCCCUAGUCCAUAUAUGGAUCCUGGUGACAUCCUUCCUUGCUCUCUCUCUCUUUCCAUAUGUACUUAACUGACUUGACUCAGAAAGAGACUUUUCCCCUAAAAGAAGAGGAAUACUGGAGUAGUUGUUUAAAGAAGGGUCAAGGAAGAAUCACUGUCCCCCCCCCCCCCCCUUUUUUUUUUUUUGGUCUUUCUUUGAAAGAAAAUGUUGUAAUUGGUUGUGGUAUCUUAACACCUCUUCAGGGCCCAUAUGUGUUUUAUGGUGAUUGCACCAGGUUGAAAUUUACAAUAGAUCUCAUGGCUUGGUAAAAACUGAAAAACAA